AGUAGUGCGGAGGGUGCAUAAUUUGCAUUUGCGGGUGUCGAGGGAAAGGGCGAGGUGUCCCGAGCACAGAAAAACUACGUCCAAAACGGCCGUGGAGCGCCUUUUACAGCUCCGGAAAGCUGCUCACUGAAGUCGGGGAGUGUUUCAGAACGUCUUGCACGGACUUUUAGCGGAAGGAGAGGCCCAUUCUGGGGGCCGCGACUAGUUGAAUGAGCGCCAUGAACCCAGCAGAAAGAAUGGCUGCUUUGGGGACCGACAAAGAACUGAAUGAUUUGCUGGACUUCAGUGCGAUGUUCUUGCCCCCUUCGCACGGGGGACCGGGCAGAGGCGAUCCCCGGGCGGUGGCAGAACGCGCUAGCAUGCAGGAGAUGGCCCACGGACCGGCUAGGGGAAUGAGACCAGGCAUGGAGGAGGUCGGUGGUGGUCCAUGGUCGCACGGACCAAGUUUUGAGAGCAGCAGGGGGUACCCUCCUGACGGCACUCCUUUCAGUGAAGGGAUGAGGGAACGGCGACUGUCCCACGACAGUCUCAGCCCCCCCUUCAUCACCUCAGGAAGCAUGCCUUCAGUUCCACCCUACCCUUUCUCCACAUCCCGGGAUGGAGGGCCCGGAGUCCCCGGAAUGAGCCGAGAUGUCCCCCUGCCAAGUCCCAACUCAAGUUCCCCAUUCUACCCCUUCAGUUCACCGGCCCAGAGGAGACCUCUUCCAGAGCCCAGCAGUACAGCAAAAAGAAGAAAGGGAUCGGGGCACGGUGGGCUUCCAGUCUACUCACCUAGCAGUUCGGAUGAGUUCAACCGUGCAUCCCCUAGCUACACGUCUCCCAAGCCGUCGGGGAUGUACGGCGACGAGUACUUUAGCGGCGCGCACAGCUCCCCGGACCCCUGGGGGACUGGGGGCGUCCCUUCAGCAUAUCCUUCCAUCUUGACAUCAACAAGUUCACACAUACCUCCGGCGCCCGGUGCAGCCUUCAGCAGUAUUCAUCAUAAUCCAGACUCGAUGGGCUACGGCCCUCCAAGUCUUCCACCAAUGAACACUUUCCGUGGUUCCAGUCUCAGCCACAACUCCAGCUCUCCCUUCGUCAGCAUGUCUUCAGUCAACAGCAGUGAUUCCGUGGUCCCGUCGAGCGUCACCGCGUCUGGAAGCACCGCCGUGACAUCGCAGUCGAGCGACGCUCUCGGCAAAGCCCUCGCUUCCAUUUACUCCGAGCCCACCAGCAGCAGCUUCCCUUCCAACCCGUCAACGCCGGCCGGGCCGGGCUCGCCGCCAGCACUGACCGGUCCCACCGGCCAGUGGUCAAGACCAACCAGCAGGAAUCCAACCUCGCCGCCAGGUCAGCCAUUUGAAAGCCAUCUACACGCACUACAGAGCAGGGUGGAAGAGAGGUUAGACGAUGCAAUCCAUGUCUUACGAAACCAUGCUGCAACCGAAGAACCCCCCAUGGGGUCGGGAAGCUCCCUCCACCCCAUGGGGGGUCUCCUGGCUCCCGCCAACGGAGGUCCGUUCGGUCCUCAAGGUUCCGAGUACAGCCAGUCCGGUAUGAGUUCUCAUCUGCUUGGCCCGGGAGCGGUGUCCAGUAGCUUGCCUGGCAGCCAGACCGUGCCUACCCAGAGCGUGACGUCAUCCACCGACCUGGGGAAGUCACAGGAGCCGUUCCACACCUUGCAGGGCAGCGGGGUCGCGUCCGGCGACAGGGAAGGCGUCGUCAAAGUGGAAAAAGUGGAAACCAAGGAAAACGUGUCCAAGUCCAAGGAUAAGGACAAAGAUGGGAAGGAUUCGGGAAAAGCAGUGCAGAACAGCAAGCCCAAGAAGAGUCGUCCCCCCUCGCAAUCUACACGGGACUCGUUUGUGAACUCGCCCACAUCCUCAUUGGAUGAGGGGCCCAUCCCGGAGGAUGAAACGCCGGAGGAACGAGAGAGGCGCGAACGAGACCGCCGUGCAGCAAACAACGCCAGGGAACGUCUGAGGGUACGCGACAUCAACGAGGCCUUCAGGGAGCUGGGCAGGAUGUGUUCGUUACACCUCAACACCGACAAGCCGCAGACCAAGCUGACCACUCUCCACCAGGCCGUGGAGGUCAUAACCGACCUGGAGCGCCAGGUCCGAGAGCGCAACCUGAACCCGAAGGCGGCCUGUCUGAAGCGGCGCGAAGAAGAGAAGGUGGAGACCAGCCAGGCCCUGCAGGAACACGCGGUGGCGGCGGGCGCACCGGCAUCCACGGACCAGGCCUCCAUCACCGGUAUGCUGACCACCCUAAGUUCCCAGUUUAAAUAGGGCUAUCUGAUCUCUCCCUCGCACUAAGCCUGACCAUGACCAAACCAGUACUAGAACCACAGGCAGGUGGCUCUGCCGAAAAUUGCUGAACAAAAAAAGUAAAACUUAGUCCUUAUUGGUCAUUUUGCAGUAGCACAAUUGUCAGGGAAAUAAUCAGAAAGCCCUAUUUUUCUACAGAGCAUUAAGUCACCUGGAUAUGGACUACAGUGAAUGCAGAUAGCUAUAAAGACUGGCAUGCACUUAAAGAAAAGGAAGACGGAGGAGACUAGGGCAGUGUAGCGUAUUCCCUAAGUUUGCAUGUACGUAUGUAUGGCUACCAGCCUAACUCAUGUUGCACAUUAAUGCUGUGUCACAAACAUUGACCACUUCUCCCUUGCCUUAGUGCAAAGAAAAAACAAACUUCGGUUAGGACUGGUUCCAUGUGUUUGGGAAGAGGGUUUAUGACAAGGUCCCUUCUGAAACAACUGUAAGAUUCAGUCAGGUAAAAGGUAAUCUCAUUACAACACAGGUAAUUACCUGGCUUUGUUCCUAUUGUUGUGCCCGUUGCCAGUUAGUAUGGCCCCAAGAGUGAACCUAAUUGGCCUUGAUUGGACCGACUCGAACCUUUUUUUCCACCCUGGAAUCAGUCCGCGACGAAAACAUGAUAUUAGAAAAACAUGCAGUGAUAAUAUCGUUCCUCCCAACCUCUAUGUUCUCAGAAAGCAACAUUGCCGAGAAGUUUAGGAUUAGAAAUAAGUUUUUAAAAAGUCACUAUAUAUAUUUGUAAAAUAUACAUAAGAGGUAUUAUGAAUUAAUAACUAUGCUAUAUCACAGAAACUAGUGCUGGCUCAAAUUGUGGAGGAGAAUUUCUGGCAGUGCAAGGUAGUUGUUGGCGUUAUAUAUGCUAGGUUUUAGGGUCGAGCCCAGGGUGAGGUAGAUAUUCGGUUUUUGGUGCUUUCUGAAAAUGUCCGGGUUGGCGCUGCAUAGAAGAGAAGAUAUUUAAGAUCACUUUACGGAAAGAAAUAUUUGUAUGCUGGAGAUACGAAAUACAGUACUUUACUAUGAGAGAGAAAAAGAGAUAUAAGAGAUGGGAGUUUGGUGCAGUGAGCUUGUCUACAACCAUCUUGGGGGAAAGUCACGUAGCAGCUCAAGUGCUGGGGCAGUAUCCUAAAAGGAUAUGAUUUUAAUGUUGCAGUUGCAGUUAAGUUUCUGUCGCUAAAACAUUGGUAGCUUUCUUUCCCAAGAAAACGUCAAAAUUCUUCCCUAGCUUGACUACCCCUGGGUUGGUAUAAACGGCUCUCUUAAGACCACACUUAUUGUGUAUAUAGACUUGGGGUUGAAGCAAUUUUUUUCGUUACGAGAAAGAAAAAAAUGAACUUCAUGAGGGUUAGGAUAGCCGAUUUUUGCACAUCCGUGACUACUGAAAGUGAGCAUAUUGCUAAUGUAUUUGCAAAAGGUGUAGCAGACAAAGGGCUUUGUUUUUACACAAUUGCCCGGACAUAUUCCAUAUUCACAAAGAUAGUUCUGAAAAUGUUUCGGCAGGAAAUGGCAAGAAUUUCUUCCAGAAAAGCCUGAUUCCACACAGUUGUGCUUACCACUGGUUAUUCCAAGUUGGCAGACUGAAAUAUGAUACCCUAUUUUUAAGGGCAGGAACUUUGGCCUGCCUGUCUGCAUUACCCUUACUUUGAUACUUCUGGACUCUCUCUGCACCAUUGCUUCCAAAUGAUGUCACCGCCAUUAGUCGAGGAUGAAUUAUUAGCAAUAUCGCUACACUCAGUGCCAUUAUUAUUUAUAGAGCUAACUCAUAGAUAAUUGGAAUAUGCUGCCGGUUUUGAAAAGUGCCCAAUUAUUUUCAAGAAGCUACGGCGCAAGCCUGUUCUUGUCGGGUGGCUCUCUCUGGUAGAUUUCUUUUCCUUUUCCUUGAAUGCUCCCAUGUGGAUUGUGACAUGUUGAAGGGGUCCCACUUUUAUGGCUUCUGCCUGUACUUAUGGUUCCCAUUAGCAAAGCUUGGGCCUGGCAUUAUUUGGGGUCAUUGUUUCCUUCUCAAGUUACCAAAAAAUCUCAGCCCCUUCUUCAAGAUUUUCAAGCAAAGCUGCAGGGAGAAGGCUUGCAGAUUUUUGUCAUUAGCUGGUAGCAGCGACAAUGCUGGCUAUAUAGUAGAGCCUCCUGGUUAGGCUCUAUCUUAAACAAACACUCGAAGGCCAGGUGCAUUCGGUAAACAUCCCGCGUGCCCCCCUAGCAGGCAGCGAUCUAUAAGCGUGUAACCCUUGGACUGUCACAAACGCAGGGAGAGAAAACCACAAUAUCAGGCGAGGACAAACAAAGGAAAGAAGGGCUUUUAAAAAAACAGCCUGCUGUUGUCACUAAGAAAAGCAGCGUUUUUUCCAGUGCAGCUCACCCAAAUGUUGCGGUGGAAAAUUUCUGGAAAAAAAUUAGUUAGCAUCCUUUUAUCUACCAGUAUGGCAGCGUGUGUUGUCAGCAGUCAAUUAUUUUGUUUGGUUUAAGUACAAAGGUAUUAUGUUAAUGUAGCGUUAUAGUUUUUGUUUUACCAUGUGCAGUUCUAUCACAAAGGCCCCCCUCAAAUGACAUUCCCGCAAAACAGUACUACUCUACAUGAGGGGACGACACUUGAUACGAAAAAAGAAGUUUCAAUGUCAUUUAUUUUCAUCUAUAUUUUACUACAAUAAGGUAGUUAAGUAGAUAUAUUUUGAUAAAGAAUGUCAUAUUAAUGCCAGCUAGCAGGUAGAUGCUUUAAUCAUAGGUAGAGGUGAGAAUAAGGAGACAGGGAGGUGUGUUGAGGUGAUGUGGCAGUAAUAUACGAUACUACACCCCACUGUCGUUUUACCAGCAAAGUCUCUAACAAAAAAUUGUAAGCCUCUACACUGAGAGAGAUCGUGGUCAGGAGAAAAAAAUGUGGACACAGAAAAAUGUAGCAAAGAAUGGAUUCUACCAUUGCUGUGUUUAUGUACAAAGAUAUGACAACGUGAUCUUGUGUCCUAUUUAUGCUUCUCUACCACACAUGAAAUCUGAUACAUAAAAACGAAAGUCUGAGCGACGAGGUAAACUAUUCAUCUGAGAUUCCAGCACUGUUUUUGACGAAAUAUUCCAAGGAGAUCUCGCAUUUUGUAAUUUCUGUACAGUAAUAAUUGAAUAAGGGAUUAUUCCCUUCAUUCUACAACUUUUUAUUAUCAUAUCUAACCCAAACCUAGCAGGCAGAUUUGCUUAGUACAUUGACAAAAAUGUAUAGUAAAAAAAAAUGACUAGCCUUGCUGGGUUGGUAGACAGGUUUCUCAGCUUAUUUCUGGUAGCAGGUGUAUUUAAGGUUUAUAUGUACGCUUUUGUUCAUAAAUGAACUUGACUAGCCUAGGUGGCCAUUUUUAUGUGGAAUUUCUACAAACAAUUAGUACCUGUACAAUGUAGUUAUUCAUGACAAGGUAGUUCAUGUAGUAGUUAUAUUUUAUUUAACACUUUGUUACCUUUAUUGCCAAUGUUUUUACACUGACCAAUAUGUUGGGAGGACAAGGGUCUUUUAGGGGUUUUGCCUGUAGGUGAUCAAAAGAAUAAGGAAAGCUUUGUGUUGCAGUUGUAAGGAGAGGCUCCUUUCUGUCUUAAGUGGAAAUAACAGAGAAAAGCAUCUCUGAUAAGUACUUUUCCUUUUUUUAGUAUCAAAUCAGGUUGUCUGGCAACCCCUUGGAGACCCUUGACCACUCAUCCCUCUAAACAACUACUAAGUCGUCGGUAUAUGGUGGCAGUUGAUAUACAUUGGUUGAUUGUUUUUUCCAUCAUUCAAUAAAUUGUCCACCUUCUUGUACAUAGGCAUGGAUUUCCUA